AUGACGGUAUCCGAUCUCUUAUGUAUCAGGUUAUGGCGAAGGAUGGGGCGAUCGGGCUCAUCACCAGAAGCAUCGCCCCUGGAUGCUCGAAAAGGCUCGGGUCGAGGUGCGUCCGUUUCUGCGACAUCUGGUGGUCAGCGAUGCGGCGUGAUGCCCGAUUUGUUGCCCAAAACACCGAUCGAACGUUCUGCCCCCUUCCUUGCUUUCACCAAAGAUGGCAGCUCGGCAAGUAUCGAAUCGCAGAGUGUUGAAGAGUAUCCAUCCGGAGUGAACAGCUUACCGAAAAGUCAGGCUCAACUGGCUCUACGUGAUCGCGAAAAAUCGUUUGUUGCAUAUUUUGGUGCUGGCAUGGGUGGCGCUGGGACGGUCAAUCGCCCAGGAAGAUCGCAGGAUACCAAUCAAGUGCAAGUGAACGUGAAUCCGACACCGGUGGCAGCAAGCAAUGUUUAUCAACUAAUAACGCGGCGACGUUUUGAGCAAAUGGCAGUGCUGGAGGGCCAAAAUAUACUUGUAACAAUAAGCGGACGAAAGCGGCGGAUACGUGUUUACUAUUUAUCGUGGCUCAAACAGAAAAUCCUUCGAACUGAGGGUGUUAGUGGGGUUGAGCUGGAGAAACGAAAUGGCUGGGUGAAUGUGGGUGAUUUGCAAGGUGCGGUUCAUUUCAAGAUUGUACGAUAUGAGCGGAUCAAAUUCCUCGUGGUCGGCCUUGAAGGUACAAUCGAAAUUUAUGCAUGGGCUCCGAAACCCUAUCAUAAAUUUAUGGCUUUCAAGGCGUUCAGUCAGCUUGCCCAUUUACCGCUUAUUGUUGAUUUGACGGUUGAGGAGAAUGCUCGCCUCAAGGUCAUUUACGGUUCACGUGAAGGUUUUCAUGCGAUUGAUUUGGAUUCUGGUUCCAUCGACGAUAUCUACACACCCGCCAAUACCGAGACAGCAGUUUGUCCGCAUUGUAUAGUUAUAUUACCGAAUAGUAACGGGAUGCAGCUGUUAUUGUGCUACAAUAACGAAGGUGUCUAUGUUAGUACAUAUGGUAAAGCAACAAAGAACGUCUUCCUGCAGUGGGGUGAGACGCCGUCUUCUGUUGGUAAGUUUUUCGGAUUGGUAUUUGCUAACUCUAAUCACUUCCUAUUCGUCGUAGUACUAGUCUGUGUUGUCAGCUCAUCUCAGCUGUAUCACCCUUUUGGUCUGCCUAUUUGUGUCCAUAGCGUUUGUUUUUUCAUUGUUUUUCUCCUUUUUCUGGGGAAAACCCUGAAUAUCUUUGGUUUGUUUAUGCGUUUUUUGCAGCUGUGCAAUGCAAAAACGCAUAUUGUCGAGGGGUUGUCUGUGUGUGUAUGUAUAUGUGUGUAUGUGUAUCUAUAACG